AUGCUGAGACGGGCUGUGCUCAGCGGCGUCGCGAGGGCGCUGCUGCCGGCGGUUGAGCACAGUGCAGUAGUGCCGUGCGCGGCGCGGAAUGCGUUCCGAUUUCGCACGUUCUCCGAAGCCGGAGGCUUCUUCGACCAGUACGCCUCGUCGUCGCGGUCGAUACGUACCGCGACGCGCUGCCUGGCGCCGCAGCGAUCGGCUUCUACUCAACCAGAGGACGUGCUGAGCGGGAGCGAGAUCCAGCGGCUCCUGGACGAGGCCGGCGUGGAUUACCGCGACUGUCUGGAGAAGUCCGACCUCAUCAGCCGCCUCCGCGCCGCGCGGCCCACGCUCCCGGCGCACGUGCAGUACCGCCUGGAGGCCAUGAUCGCCGCACGCAACGCCCAAGGGGCCGGCCGCGAUGCGACUCCGGGCACGGACGAAGGCCCGUCCCCGGCGCAGGACGCAGGUGCCGCCACGCCUCAUCCGUACAGCUCCGUCGGCACGGCUCUCGACCCCACGCUGGGCGCGAGCGCGGCGCUGACCCCCGAGGAGUCCCUCAACGUCGCGCUCUUCAAGCGCUGCGCGCCCUCGGUGGUCCACGUGGCCACCCUGCAGGCCGGCGUCAACCCCUUCACCAUGGACGUAGAACGCAUCCCGCGCGGGUCCGGUACGGGGUUCUGCUGGGACGCGCAGGGCCACAUCGUGACGAACUACCACGUCGUCGCGCCGCCGUCCGCGCCGGGCCAGCCCUCGCCGGCGCCGUCCCCCGCAGCGCUGGCGGCGCAGAAGCUGCGCGUGACGCUCGCGGACGGCACGGCGCUCGACGCGGCCGUCGUCGGCGUGGAGCCAGCGAAGGACCUCGCGGUGCUGCGGGUGAAGUCGCCGGCGUCGGGGAAGUUCCAGCGCGGGCUGCACCCGAUUUCCGUGGGCACGUCGUCGGGGCUGCAGGUUGGGCAGAAGGUGCUGGCGAUCGGGAACCCGUUCGGGCUGGACCAGACGCUGACGCAGGGGAUCGUGAGCGGUCUGGGGCGCGAGAUCCGGGGCGUUGCGGGCAAUCCGAUCCGCGGGCUCGUGCAGACUGACGCCGCCAUCAACCCGGGCAACUCCGGCGGGCCGCUCCUGGACAGCCACGGGCGCCUGAUUGGCGUGAACACGAUGAUCUUCAGCACGAGCGGGUCGUCCGCCGGCAUCGGGUUCGCGAUCCCGUCGGACACUGUGCGCCGCGUGGUGGUGCAGCUGAUCCGCUACGGCCGCGUCCGCAAGGCCAACCUGGGGCUGUACUGCCUGACGGAGCAGCAGUCGCGCCAGCUCGGCGCCGAGGGCGUGGUCGUGCACACCGUGAUCGCUGGCAGCGGCGCCGCCGACGCUGGCCUGCGCGGCCUUUCCCGCCGCGACGGCCGCGUCGUGCUGGGCGACGAGAUCCUCGCGAUCGGCGGCGAGGACGUGCGCACGUUCGAGGACUUGCAGGCGGCGGUGGAGCGGUUCGACGCCGGGGACGUGGCCAUGCUGACCGUGAAGCGGGCUCCGAGCGGGAAGCGCGAGCGCGUGGAGGUGCGGCUGCAGGAGCGCGUUGAGUAA